AUGCUCUCACGUGUUGCUGCAGUGAAGGCACCCCGUACACACAACCGUUGCCGCUUGACCACAUCCAGCGGAAGGAGGAGGGAAGGAGGAGAGAGUGAGCCGCAGGGGCACAACAUGUCGCGGCAUCUCCUCUACUCCGCGGUGCUGCUCCUCCUUUUUGUGAUGAUGUGCUGCAACACUGGUGGAGCUGCGGCCGCUGGUGAGGCGGCGCCAGCUGCGAAAUUUUUAAAUGGGAAAAGUUUUGUUUGGAGAGAAAAGAAUGACGAGGAAACGGUGAGCUCGCUCCGUGUCCCCAGUCUUGUUGAAAUGAACGGGAAAGUGUUUGCCUUUGCCGAGGCGGAGGGCACGAAGAAUAAUAAAGAUUUUACUGGGGUUGCCUUGGAGCUCCUAAAGUUGAGUGAUGGAACACCAAAAGCCCUGGAAACAACUCAGGUGAAGACGGAAGUACUGGAGGAAUGUCCUUCUGGAAAAGAGGGAUGCGCCACCCAAGCAGUGGAUGAGUCUGGCACCGAAAGCGAGAAGAGAGUAGAUGUGGCCCGACCAACAACAGUCGUGAAUGGAAGAGAUAUUUACAUGCUUGUUGGAAUCUACAACCUUGAUGAUGCCGAUAAUACUUCGGCUUAUUGGGGACUUUUGCUGUCGAGAGGGAACGUCAGUGUUGAUGAGGAGAGUAAAAAACGAAUUUAUUGGAAUGAUGUUGACGCUCUCCAGAGCAUUUCUAACGUGCAACAACAAGAAUCUCUGACAGAUUUGAUUGGCGGAGGUGGAUCGGGCGUUAAGAUGAAGGACGGUACGCUUGUGUUCCCAGUGGAAGGCAUUAAGUCCAAUGUCGCAGCUGGAGGAACAAACACCGUUUCGCUGGUCAUAUACUCCUUGGGCAAUGAGGGUUGGAAGCUGUCGAAGGAUGUUUCUGCCGGUGGCUGCAGUGAUCCCUCCGUCGUGGAGUGGGAGAAGGACAAACUCAUGAUGAUGACUGCGUGUGAUGAUGGCCGCCGCAGGGUGUACGAGUCCGGUGACAAGGGGAAUUCGUGGACGGAGGCACUCGGGACACUCUCGCGUGUGUGGGGCAACAAACACACGGGACCUGAGAAGGGCGUUGGGAGCGGUUUCAUCACAGCGACUGUUGGAGAUGAUAAUAAGAAAGUGAUGCUCGUUGCUCUGCCAGUGUAUGCCAAGAACGGAGAAGGAAAAGGUCAUGAAAAGAAUGAAAACGGUAAACUCCAUCUCUGGCUGACGGACAACACGCACAUUGUUGAUAUUGGGCCGGUAUCCGGUGAUGACGCUGCCGCCAGCUCCCUGUUGUACAAAAGUGGAGAUAAAAAUGAUGAGUUGAUUGCACUGUACGAGAAGAAGGGCGGUGAUAAAGAUACAGCAUCACUCGGUAUGGUCUCUGUGCUUCUGACUGAGCAGCUGAAGCGGGUGAAGGAGGUGCUGGCGACGUGGAAGAAAGUGGACGGCAUUGUUUCCAAGCUGUGCACCAAUUCAGUCGCUCAGGAUGUUACCUCACCUGAAGAUGCCUGCCGCAUUGCCAUGCCGACGAAAGGGCUGGUUGGCUUUUUGUCCGGCAACUUCUCUGAUAACACAUGGAGAGACGAGUACCUCGGGGUGAACGCCACAGUAAAGGAGAAUGAUGUGGCGGAGCAGGUAGAAAGUGGCGUGAAGUUCACAGGGCGUGGCGCAGGGGCGGAGUGGCCUGUUGGCGAGCAGGGGGAGAAUCAGCUGUACCACUUUGCGAACUACAACUUCACUCUUGUGGCGACGGUGUCCAUCGACGGUAAGCCGAAGGAAGAUAAUCCUAUUCCUUUGAUGGGUGUGAUGUUGAAUGGUGAUGGAAAAAAAAACAAACUUAUGGAGUUGUCAUACGACAGCGAAAAGAAAUGGCAGUUGCUGUGUGGUGGCAAUACAACUAAGGAGAACAGCAACACUUGGGAGAAAGAGGAAACUCAACACGUGGUGCUUUUGAUACGGAACGGCAACCAGGUCUCCGCGUACGUCGAUGGUAAGCAAGUGGGUGAGGAUGUGCCACGUGAAUUGGAAAAUACACAUUCGAAAGGGAUCUCCCACUUCUACAUUGGAGGGGAUGGAGGCAGCACAGACAACAAAGAAGGCGUGUCUGUGACGGUGACGAACGUCCUGCUGUACAACCGCCCGUUGAGCUCUGAAGAGAUUGGCGCCAUCGACCCGAAUAAAGACUCCACUCCAUCUUUGGAAAAGGAGGCGGCGAAACCUUCAACAGUUUCUUCUGCUUCCAUUAUACCUCCCGCUCCUCCGGUGACCCCGAAUGGUCAGAAAGCCGGAAAUCCGUCUACUCCUGCCGGAACAAAGCUGACAGAACAGGGACAGUCGAUGGGGAGCAGUGGUGCGGGCAGUGACGGUGCAUCCGCAUCAGCGGUGUCCACUGUCAGUACUCCCUCAGCAGAAGAGGAGUCCGUGGUGCAGGUGACGUCAGGAACAUCUCCCGAUGGAACUAAAACUGUGGGUGGCGGUUCUACUGCUGAUGGCGAGCCAACGAUGGAGACAAGAGAAGGAGGAACGAAUGGGCACGAGGAAGAGGUUAAUACACAGGACAGGGAAGUCAAUGCUACGGCACUCAGCAGCAGCCUCGGAAAUGUGGCGCAGGGAAAUAACAGCGAUACUGGCACUGUAAGUGAGAGCGGAAUGGUGCCAUCGCUGUUUCUUCUGCUGUUGGGACUGUGGGGGUUUGCGGCUCUGUGA